CCGGGUGUGCGCGAGGCGGCGGCGCGUGGCAGCUGCGGCGGCUCCCGGGUCCGGGCCCGGGUCCGAGCCCCGAGCGCAGGCGGCGCCGAGCCCGGCCCGGCCCGGCCAUGACGGACUUCAAGCUGGGGAUCGUGCGGCUCGGCCGGGUCGCCGGCAAGACAAAGUAUACGCUCAUAGACGAACAAGACAUCCCAUUAGUGGAAAGUUACUCUUUUGAGGCUCGGAUGGAGGUAGAUGCUGAUGGAAAUGGUGCUAAAAUAUUUGCUUAUGCAUUUGACAAAAACCGAGGAAGGGGAUCUGGGCGACUACUGCAUGAGUUACUGUGGGAACGGCACAGGGGAGGGAUUGCACCAGGAUUUCAGGUGGUGCAUCUGAAUUCCGUGACGGUGGAUAACCGACUGGACAAUCUGCGCUUAGUCCCAUGGGGCUGGAAACCCAAAGCUGAAGACAUUUCUAGUAAACAAAGGGAACAAAGUCUGUACUGGCUGGCGAUUCAGCAACUUCCCACAGAUCCCAUUGAAGAGCAGUUUCCUGUAUUGAAUGUAACACGGUAUUACAACGCUAAUGGGGAUGUUGUGGAGGAAGAGGAGAACUCCUGCACAUACUAUGAAUGCCACUACCCCCCCUGCACAAUGAUAGAAAAACAGUUACGUGAAUUCAACAUAUGUGGCCGAUGCCAGGUAGCCAGGUACUGUGGGUCUCAGUGCCAGCAGAAAGACUGGCCUGCUCACAAGAAGCACUGCCGGGAGAAGAAACGAACUUUCCAGCAAGAGCUCGGACCGGAACGAUGACCUGGCAGCAUAGGCCUCUCAGCAGCAGGAUUCCUUUUCAAAGGCAUUGGGCUCUUGCUUUUGCACAGUAAUGACAGACUUUUUAUUGAAGCCAGAGGCACUGAAGAAGAAAAAAACCCUGUGAUGCUUGAGCAGAACAGCUGACUGGACUAAGCCAGCCUGACUGGUGCUGUGGAAAGGGAUCAGCUCUUCCCUUCCAGUAUUAUAUUCUCAAGCAAAAAGACUACUGUGGAGCUCCAGGCAGGAAGCUUCUCAUUAUUUAUAUGUUAAUAUGUUUGUAAACUCAUGUACAGUUUUUGUUAGAAAUUCUGGAUAGGACUCAUUUACUGUAAUGUUCAGAUGAGAACACAUUGUUGGCCUAAAAGUAAAAAAGAAAAAAGAAAAAAAAAAAGAAAAAAAAAUAACUGUCAUGUAGCAAAAGCUUUUUCUCCCAUGUGGCUAAAAGUAUAUGUGGCUAUGCCAGGCCAGGAGACAGGCUCAGACAUCAGCAGUUACUCUGGAGAACUCUGCAUGGAAGUUACAUUUAAAAAAACAAACAAACAAAGUAAAGGUUGGAAUGAA